AUGUAUUUACAAAAUAAUGUCUCAAUUCAUCCUAUUUCAUCCGAUGGAGGAUGUGAUAGGAUUGCAAAGGAGAAACUUUUGACAAUAGGGAGGGCUGUUUCACAAAAUCUACUUCUAAGUAAUUGCUCUAUCGAUCCUAUAUCUAUCUAUAUGAAGAAGAAAUCAUGUGCAGAGGGGGAUUCUUAUUUGUACAAAUGGUACUUCCAACUUGGAACAAGCAUGAAGAAAUUAACCAUACUUCUUUAUCUUUUGAGUUGUUCUGCCGGAUCGGUCGCUCAAGAUCUUUGGUCUCUACCCGGACCUAAUGAAACAAAUGAUGGGAUCACUUCUUAUAGACUCCUUGAGAAUGAUUCUGAUCUAGUUCAUGGGCUAUUAGAAAUAGAAGGUGCUCUGCUGGAACCCUCACAGACAGGAAGUCGGUUUGAUAAUGAUGGCGUGACAUUGCUUCUUCGGUCCGAACCAAGAAAUCCCUUAAAUAUGAUUCAAAAUGGGUCUUCUUCUAUCGUUGAUCAGAGAUUUCUCUAUGAAAAAUAUGAAUCGGGGUUCGAAGAAGGGGAAGGAGUCUUCGACCCGCAACCGCUAGAGGAGGAUUUAUUCAAUCACAUACUUUGGGCUCCGAGACUGUGGCGCCCUUGGGGCUUUCUCUUUGACGAAGGGUCCAAUGAAUUGAGAUUUCCCUAUUGGGAAGGGUCAUUUCAGGACAAACCGAUCCUUGAUGAUUAUGAUGAAGAGGGUAAGCUUCAAGAGAAUGAUAAUGAUUCGCAGUUCUUGCAGGAUGGAAUCAUGCAGGACCAGACACGAGCGAGAUUUUCCAACGAACAGGGCUUUUUUCGAAUAAGCCAAUUCAUUUGGGACCCCGCAGAUCCACUGUUUUUGCUAUUCCAAGAGGAUCCUUUUGGAUCUGUAUUUUCACAUCAAGAAUUUUCUCCAGAUGAAGAGAUGUCAAGGAUACUUUUGACUUCCCAAACCCAAAAAAUUGAUUGGAAAUAUCUAAAUAAACCCUGGUUUAGGAAGAAUAUGCAAGAACAGAAUUUCAAAUUGUUGAUUGAUCGCCAGAGAUGGUUUAGAACCAAUAGUUCAGUAUCAAAUGAAUUUUUUCGUUCUAAUACUCUAUACGAGAGUUAUCAAUAUUUAUCAAAUCUGUUCCUAUCUAACGGAACCCUAUUGGCUCAACUCACAAAGACAUUGUUGAGAAAAAAAUGGCUUUUCCCAGACGAGAUGGUUGUGACUAUCUGUUCCAAUAACGAACGAUUGGUUUAA